AUGGCGGAGAGGAGUUUAUCUGUGAUCUUGACCUUCACUCUGCUGACCUAUAUCACAAGUCCCUCAGUUGCUUUCACUCAGACCACUGAGAGAGUUGUUUCAAAUUGGGAAUCGGGCAUCAAUGUUGACUUGGCAGUUACAACACAGCGACACCAUCUGCAGCAGCUUUUCCACCGCUAUGGAGAAAACAAUUCCUUGUCAGUUGAAGGGUUCAGAAAAUUGCUUCAGAAUAUAGGCAUUGAUAAGAUGAAAAGAAUCCAUAUAAACCAUGACCAUGACCAUGACCAUCACUCUGACCACGACCAUCACACUGACCACGACCAUCACGCUCACCAUAAUCAUGCUUCUUCAGGUAAAAGUAAUCGGAAGGGUCUUUGCCCAGACCACGAUUCCAAUAAUUCAGGUAAAGAUUCCAGAAGUGGCCAAGGGAAAGGAUCUCACAGACCAGAAAACACCAGUAGUAGAAGAAAUGUUUUCAUCAAGGAUGGUGUUGGUGCCAGUGAAGUGACCUCAACUGUGUAUAACGCUGUCUCUGAAGGAACUCACUUUCUAGAGACUAUAGAGACUCCAAAACCUGGAAAAGUUAAAGACAUAAGUGGUUCCACCCCGCCCAGCAUCACAGAAAAGAGUCGCUUGAGCCGUCUUGCUAGUAGAAAGACUAAUGAAUCUGUGAGUGAACUUAGAAAAGAUUCUGCACAUUCCAGAAAUGCAAAUGAGAAUACUCAAGAGUGUUUCAACGCUUCAAAGCUGCUCACUUCUCAUGGCAUGGGGCUCCACGUUCUGCUGAACACCACCGAGUUCUACUACCUCUGUCCAGCCAUCAUCAAUCAGAUUGAUGCGCGGUCUUGUCUCAUUCACACGACGAGUGAAAAGAAAGCUGAAAUCCCUCCAAAAGCUUACUCUUUACAAAUAGCCUGGGUUGGUGGCUUCAUCGCUAUUUCCAUCAUCAGCUUCCUGUCCCUUCUGGGUGUUAUCUUAGUGCCUCUCAUGAACCGGGUGUUUUUCAAAUUUCUCUUGAGUUUCCUGGUGGCACUGGCCGUUGGCACUUUGAGUGGUGACGCUUUUUUACACCUCCUUCCACACUCUCAUGCAAGUCACCACCAUAGUCACAGCCAUGAAGAACCAACAGUGGAAAUGAAGAGAGGGCCACUUUUCCGUCAUCUGUCUUCUCAAAAUAUCGAAGAAAGUACCUAUUUUGAUUCCACAUGGAAGGGUCUGACAGCUCUAGGAGGAUUGUAUUUUAUGUUUCUUGUUGAGCAUGUACUCACAUUGAUCAAGCAAUUUAAAGAUAAGAAGAAAAAGAAUCAGAAAAAACCUGAAAAUGAUGAUGACAUGGAGAUUAAGAAGCAGCUGUCCAAGUAUGAGUCUCAGCUUUCAACAAACGAGGACAAAGUGGACACAGAUGAUCGUCCUGAGAUCUAUCUCCAAGGAGACACCCAAGAACUGUCACACUUUGAUUCUCAGCAGCCAGCAGUCUUGGAAGAGGAAGAGGUCAUGAUAGCGCAUGCCCAUCCGCAAGAAGUCUACAAUGAAUAUGUCCCCAGAGGGUGCAAGAAUAAAUGCCACUCGCAUUUCCAUGACACACUUGGCCAGUCAGAUGACCUCAUCCACCACCAUCAUGACUACCAUCACAUCCUCCACCACCACCACCACCAAAACCACCACCCCCACAGUCACAGCCAGCGCUACUCACGGGAGGAGCUGAAAGACGCUGGCAUUGCAACGUUGGCGUGGAUGGUGAUCAUGGGUGAUGGCCUGCACAAUUUCAGCGAUGGCCUGGCAAUUGGUGCUGCUUUCACUGAGGGAUUAUCAAGUGGCUUGAGUACUUCCGUGGCUGUGUUCUGUCAUGAAUUGCCUCAUGAAUUAGGAGACUUUGCUGUAUUACUGAAGGCUGGCAUGACUGUGAAGCAGGCUGUUCUUUACAACGCUUUGUCUGCCAUGCUGGCCUAUCUUGGCAUGGCAACAGGAAUCUUCAUUGGUCAUUAUGCUGAAAAUGUCUCUAUGUGGAUUUUUGCCCUUACGGCUGGCUUGUUCAUGUAUGUUGCUCUCGUUGAUAUGGUACCUGAGAUGCUGCAUAAUGAUGCUAGUGACCAUGGAUGUAGCCGUUGGGGAUACUUCUUUUUACAGAAUGCUGGGAUACUUUUAGGUUUUGGGAUUAUGUUGCUUAUCUCUGUAUUUGAGCAUAGAAUUGUGUUUCGUAUAAAUUUCUAG